GAAGAGUAUGAAAAAGAAGCAGCAAAGUGAAAUUCAGUCAUCAUUCAUUUAAUCAUGUACACCGGUGCUCUCCAGCUUUAAAAAUCAAAACUCCUGCUCAAACACCUGGCGCAAACGUUGGGCCCAUUUCGUCGGUGGAGGAGUGUUGGUGGAGCUGUGCCUGAAGAGAAAGUCUCGGGAAGAAAAGUCUGGCAACCAAAAACGACAAGAAACAAGCGAGAGAAAGGAGAGGGCGACCAAAUUCUCCACAAAGACAGGUGUGUCACUGCCAAAGUACAGACGCAGCCCUGUCUCCCAAAACACCCUCCAGCAGUGAACCAGCAGCUCCCCCACCUGCAGCAGCUCCAGCCUCUCGUCCAAAUAUGGUCACUUCUGGCUCCAAAAUGAUUAGAUGGCGACGGCUGAAGUGCAGAACUCGAGGCUUCAAAGCAGGAGUCUACAAACCAAUGGAUAAAGUCACGCACAUUCUCACAUCUCCAAACAUGCAUGGUUGUCCUCUACCUGUCCACCAAAUGCCCUUUGACCUUUCCAUCUGCAGACACUCCCUCCUGCUCCACAGAGCACAUUGUCAGCGACUGCUUCAGAAAGCAAGAAAGAAAAAGGAGUGCCAUACACAGAACAACCUCCAUUGUGUCCCCAACAUGACAGGAGCAAUCCCAGAGGCAAUGAAGCUCCUCAGAGAUACUUUCAACUACUACGCUAAGUUGGAUGGAGAAAAACAAACUUUGGCCACAAUGGAAAUGCAUGUGCUGCUUGUAAAGGAGUUUCCCAAUGCAGACAGAAGUAUAAAAUACGUGGAUGACAUACUUCACAAGCUGGAUGAAGACAAGGAUGGUGUUAUUGAUUUCAAAGAGUUUGUCAGAAUUGUGACAGACAUGAACCUUAUGUGCAGUUAAGAAUGAAUAAUUUGGCCAUGUUGCCACAGACCAGGAUAAUAUCUGUGGUGCUUUUACUUUUCAGGAGAGUGUCUCAUUCUUAUGUGCAAAUAUAUAUUGUGGCCACAUUGCCUCAGAGCUUUGCCUUGUUGUAUUUUUACUAAAAGAAAUGAAAUGUUAUCGAACUCGCCCCACACUCACUUAAUACACAUGCCAAUAUCAAAUGUAAAAAGGAAGAAUUUGGUUAAGUCCAUACAGCUGAAUUAAAAAGGCCACUGACUU